UUCCUUGUCUCUUUGAUAUAAUAGUCAUUACACACGCAAAUCAAAGCAGCCCAGCAAGAGAGGCUGGCUUGGAUACUGAAGCUAGCCAAGAGGGGGGUCAAGGAAAUGGAGGAAGGGAAGAAUACAGAGGGAGCUCUUCCUACAUACUGUGUUACAGGUGCAAAUGGCUAUAUAGGGUCUUGGCUAGUGAAGCUUCUUCUUCAAAGAGGCUGCAUGGUUCAUGCCACCCUUCGUGAUCUCGCUAAGUCCUUGGAUCUUUUAUCAUCGUGGAGGGGAGCUGACCGGUUGAGAUUAUUCAAAGCUGACCUGCGAGAAGAAGGCAGCUUUGAUGAGGCAGUCAGGGGCUGUGAUGGUGUAUUUCAUGUUGCAGCUUCAAUGGAAUUCUACGUUGCUGGAAAUGAAGACAAUGAAAAUUAUGUUCAGCGUAAUAUUAUCGACCCUGCGAUUGAAGGAACACUGAACCUUCUCACAUCUUGCUCCAAAUCCAAUACUGUGAAAAGAGUUGUCUUCACAUCCUCCAUUAGUACUCUUACUGCUAAAGACAGAGCUGGUAAAUGGAGACAAGUCGUUGAUGAAACUUGCCAGACCCCCAGUGAUCAUGUCUGGAAUACAAAACCACCUGGAUGGAUUUAUGUACUCUCCAAGCGUCUUACGGAGGAAGCAGCAUUCAAAUAUGCAAAGGAUAAUGGUAUCGAUCUCAUUUCAGUAAUAACUACUACUGUUGCUGGUGCGUUCCUAACUUCAAGUGUUCCAUCAAGCAUUCAAGCACUCCUAUCUCCAUUAACAGGUGACACCAAGUUCUUUUCAAUACUAUCAGCUGUUAAUGCUAGAAUGGGUUCAAUUGCAUUGGUUCACAUUGACGAUAUAUGCAAUGCACAUAUAUUUCUAAUGGAGCAGACUAGAGCAGAAGGUCGAUACAUAUGCUGUGCCCACAGUUGUGUAUUGCCUCAAUUGAUUAAUCAUCUAGUAGACAAGUAUCCAUGCUCAAACGUCCAGAGGCUAGCAGAGGAAAAACAAGGUUCAAUUUCUCCAGAAAUUUCUUCAACGAAGCUCAGAGACAUGGGGUUUAAG